AGCAGGGAUAGACAAUCAACAAGUUAAUGAUGCGCCAAUAUCAACAUUUUAUUUAUAUAUCGCCUAAACCGUAAAGCGGGGUUAUUGUUGGGAUAGCUAACCAGAAACAGAAACAAAAAGUGAGCCUGCUGUCCUCUCCAUCACCAGUGGUAGGUUUAGCACUUCAAUAAGAAUCUUAUGUCUGAUUUAUUAUGCGGAAAGUUUGCAUUAGUAUUAAAUGCGCUAUGCUUCAUGUAGCUAGCUACCUUUGUCAGUUUAUAAUACAUAACGUUGUUAGCCUUGUGUUGUUAGCCAACGUUAGCUAGCUAGCCAUGCUAAUGUAUUGCUAAAGAUUUGUAUAACUUGUUCUAUCUGUGCUAAUGCUGCACAGCAAGCUAAAUUUAAUUUGAAGAAAUAUUGCUACUCAUUUGGGACUGUAUUUAUCCGCAAUACACGACUCUGAACUUGGUGAUCAUUGAUUUGUCGUUGUGUUCCUCUUCCUCAGUUGGAAUGGCAGCCUCCUCCUCAUCCUCCUCUGCCGGAGGGGUUAGUGGGAGCUCCGUGACUGGCUCUGGAUUCAGCGCUUCAGAACUCAUCCCCCCGCGUAAGGUCCUCUACACUUAUCCCAAAGGAGCCGGGGAGAUGAUGGAAGGUAGGCUUUUAUAUUGGUUCAGAACGUUGCAAGAGACAGAACGUUGAUGAGGAUUCUUUGGAAUUGUAGAAAACCUUGUCUGUUCUGUACAUUCUACCUGCAACAUUCUGAACGUGUUCUUGGCUCUGAUUACAAUAGUAUUCUGCUCAUAUCCCAUACACAGUGAUGCUGUGUGUUUCAGCUAGAUUCAUGCUUCUGUCUGUCUGGUUAGCUAAUGUACAUGUAUGUGGUUCUUUAAUACAAGCCCCUUCUGUACGUCUGCCUAGCCACACUUCUCUUACAACUAUUCUAUCUGGCUUCAAGUCAAGUGUAGCUUGUCCCAAUUUUACCCAGAAGAUAAACAAUGUGUCCCUGGAACUUUUUCACUGUUCCCUUAAAAACCUAGCUACCAUGCGUCAUAGUUGGAUCUUCCUCCAGGAGGACGUGCGCUUCUAACAACGACAGGCAAUGCUCUGCCCCAACAAGCAUUGCCAGUGUGCCCCACUCAAUCUGGCUUCAAGUCAAAUGUAGUUAGUGAUCCUUUGAAUCAUAGUUGGAUCUUCAUCCAACAGGACGUGCGUGGGUACCAGCGAGUAGUCAGUGCUCUGCCAAGGGGUCAGCCCACAACACCCAGCACCAGUUUGUCACACACAAGAGGAUCUGUUUGUUUGAACCCAAAGGGCCAUCUGGCUCCUUGCCCCUGCUUUGUGCGUACCAAAUGACACCCUAUUCCCUGCGUUGUGCACUACUUUUGACCAGAGCCUUAUGGGCCAAAGUAGUACGCUAUGUUGGGAUAGGGUGCCCCUCCUUUGUUACCUCAUAGACCCCAAAUCAAACACGCUGUACUAAUUAAUGUGUUAGUUUGGAUCGUUGUGCUGGAAAGCACUGGGUGUUCCGAGGUCUAAGUGGGACAGCAGUGAAGCUGGUGGCCAGGGUUGGGGUUCUACUCCUCUUUGUUUUUGGGGUCCCUUGUCCCUAAUGGCACCCCUGUUCCCUACACCAGGGAUCGUCAACUAGAUUUCAGACGGGGGACGAUUUUUGUUUUUACUUGAGUGGAAGGUCGGGGGGGGGCCUGAAUAUAAUUACAAAUCAUUUGUAAGACUGCAAAUUGACCGCAAGAAGCCCAAACAGAUAUAAUAUUUGACUAAAACAUUUCAAACCUUGCUUACAUUUAUACUGUAUAUGAUCAGAUGUGUCUCUAAUUUAUGCAUAAGAAUACUUUAACAGAACAAAAUUCACCUGCAGCUGAUUUCCUGGUGUUUUUAGUCUUUUGGCCAUCAAUGAAAAUUCACCAAAUAAUAAAAUCACCUGCGGGCCAAAUUUGGUCCGUGGGCCGCCAGUUGGAGAACCUAGCCCCACAUAGGGCCCUGAUAUCAUAUGGCCAUGGUCAACAGUAUUGCCCUAUCUAGGGAAUAGGGUGCCAUUUUGUGUUCUAGUUGAUUAUCUGGGGUAGUCUUUGUUUCCAGUUUUAACUUUUCAAUCAUAGAAACUGAAUGGUGGCACAUGUUGGCAUUAUGUCAGGAGUUAAAUCAUGUUUUAGCUAACUCCUGUACUUACUCAGUAAUUACGCCCGGCGGAUUAGGUAUUAAAUAGUCGGUACCACAAUACAUUAUAUAAUAGAUCUAUAGCCUAAUAGUUUAUAGAUCGUGUGUGAGUAAAAAGACACAUUUCUGUUCUUCUUCUUUAGCCUAUUUAAGGGCUAACUUGUGUUGACUACUACUACAGCAUUUUGUAAAUGUGAUAGUUCAUGAAAGCGUAACAGUAGUUGAUGUGAUAUUGAACAUGGACUCUGUGUCUUCAGAUGGCUCAGACAGAUUUCUGUGUGAGUCUGUAUUCAGCUACCAGGUGGCAUCAACACUGAAACAGGUGAAGCAUGGUAAGUCCAUCUCUCUUAAUUCAAUUAUUUUAUUGCAAUUGUCUUUUGAAAAAUACCUACGGCUGUGUGUCCCAAAUAGCACCCUAUUCCCUAUAUAUAGUGAACUACAUUCGACCAGCGCCCUAUGGGCCUGGUCAAAAGUAGUCCACUGUAUAGGGAAUAGGGUGCUAUUUGGGAUGCAUUUGUUGUUUAGGGAAAGGUACUCUGGUAAGGGAUACAAAAUACGCAAUACUUGAUAUAACAGCAUAUUUCACUGAUUUUGUUUUUAGAUCAACAGGUAUCUAGAAUGGAGAAACUGGCCAGUUUGGUUGAAGAGCUGGAAGCAGAUGAGUGGCGUUACAAACCAAUCGAACAGCUUUUGGGAUUUACUCCGUCUUAACGUUUAAAUAAAGACCUGCUCAGUAGCCACUAGCUAGUUACCACUGGAGGAACGUAGUGGCUGCAGAAGACUACUUUAUUUCCAACACAUUUGUUUAUUGUCAUUUAUUUGUCAUUCUCACAGGGAAGGAUGUUCCUGCCUGGCAUUCUCUGUUACAUUAGAAAUUGGCCAAUGUUUAGCUCUGGUCCAGGUCGUGGUUAGUGCUAGCACUGGACCAGAGCU